AUGUCAAAUCCGCCAACGGCUCAAGAUGGGCCUCUAACAAAAGGAGCCCCCUCUGCGGGGGCAUCAACCGUCGAUGGAAAUGAAUGGAUGCAGAAGUUAGCUCGAAUGUGUGGUCCGGGUGCUGGACUGCGCAACGUCGGAAUGCCAAUCGCAGAAAUCGAGACGAUUUUCGAUUCGGUCUUCGCCCGGAACCCAGCCGAGACAGACGGGGGGUUGCACACUCCACGGGCCAACACGGUUCAGCUAUACGGGAGCAACGAGGACAUACUGGAUGCAUACUAUAUAUUUAUCCAUCCAUAUUAUCCAAUCUUACCUCCACCCGAGCGCCUUCCCGUCUCCCAUAAUCCAGUACUGCUGGGUGCGGAUGGCUUCGAGCCAACGAGCCCGCUUGCGCUGGCUAUCUCGGCCAUGGUGUCACUGGUUCCCCACAAGGACGUGAAGGAACCGUCUCGACCAGAAUAUGUGAAGAUACGGAGGGAGGUCUCGCUUCGAUUUGCCGAGGCUGCGUACGCGGUCGUUGCGAAGGACUAUGAACCACUACAGUCCUCCGGUGCGUUCGAAGGCUCCUUGAGGGAUAGAAUCGGCCGGCGAUCCUUUCAUCCCAAGGUGCCCGUGUGCUUGGAAGGCGUUAUCGCACUAUCGAUCCUGGGAUUCUAUGAGUAUGGCCAGCGGGGCAACAUGGAGAACACGGCUAGGUUAGUGAAUGAAGCUCUGAGGAUGGCUGUAAAGAUUGGACUGCAUGAGUCGCUGGAAGAUGAUCAAUAUGCGGUGGCCCGGCGUAGGUCAUGGUGGUUUACGUAUAUGGCCGCAAGUCAUCUGGCAACCGUGACUGGAAUGCCCGCAUCAUUCAAUGUGUAUGAUCCUGGUUUUGUAACGCCCUAUCCAAAGGAUACAAAAAUACGUGUUGAAGCCCAACAGGCUUUAUAUGACGCUGGUAUAUUUGCCGUUGAUCUCGACGAUGCUAUCCGGAGCAAAGGAGACGUGUCUUGGAUCCCGAAGCGGAUGACUGAGCUCGAUGCUCAUAUCACUUCGCUGCUGUUUGAGUGUCGAGAUAAGUUAUCAUCAUCCCUGCACCCACGCCCCAACUGCGUGGAAUCAGUGGCUGCGAAUGCUCUGCGAUCAUUUACGGAAGUUAAAUUACACAGCGCGCGGAUCAAACUGCACCGCUACUGCGCUUUUCAAGACGUCCCGGUGUUUUCUGAGCAGCCCGCUCUGCACCCCGUGCCCAGUGCAAACAGUGAUGUAAACCCAUCUGGUACUGGUGACGCCGGUUCGCAACAGCGACCAGCAUCUAUACAGGAAUUUGGAAUUCAGUUUCCGUUCUCUGCACACAUGUCCUCUGUGAUCUGUGUCCAUGCAGCCAUGAAUGUUGUGACAUUGCUGGAUAGCCUUCCAUUUCCGAACCCAACCAACGAUGCUUCCCCCACGACCUUGCCGUACAUAUACCAGAAUUAUGAGGUUCCUCGGGCUAUGCCAACGUUGAUGAGCUGUGCCAUGCAGGCAGGCUACACGAUGUUGACGCUGAGUUGCAAAACAAGGCCAUUUGUGACAAACAUGAAGGAGUCGGACUUGGACGCAAGAGAUAUUCCUUUAGCAGGGUUAAGGCAAGAGCUGGAGCAGAGCUUGCGCAUAGUGGCCAAGUUCUUAGCAAACCAUGCAAUUGCUUUUGAAGCCAUCCAAGGAAUGCGAGACGAGAUGGUGCAGGCAAUAGAACGUGAAUUUAGUAGAGAUUGA